UAUUUGCAGUUCUCUUGGUUUCUCCAUUCAACAUCUUUCAGGAUGAGUACACUUCUUUUUGCUUCAGGCGUGCUCAUUCUUCUUGUGGGAUUUUAUGUCUCUCCCUCUAUUGUCUUAGGCCUAAUAGGAAUACCGAUAGUUUUUGUGAUAGUCUUUGCAUUGAAGUAUCUUGUAUUUUACAUAAAGGAGUCGAUCUUGGAGGAUCAAAAGCCUCCAAUUGCUGGUCCAAUUCUAAAUUACCUUGUACACUUCAAUAGACUUUUCGAUUAUCAAACAUCUAUUGCUAAGAAAUAUAGCACUUUUCGUCUGAUUACGCCUCUGCAUAGUGAAAUUUACACGGCUGAUCCCCUUAAUGUUGAAUAUGUACUGAAAACCAAGUUCUCCAAUUACGAAAAGGGUGCCUAUAAUUAUGGGAUAAUGAGAGAUCUAUUUGGUGAUGGGAUUUUCGCAGCAGAUGGACAUAAAUGGCGUCACCAGCGGAAGCUUGCAAGCUAUGAAUUCUCAACAAGAGUUCUGAGAGAUUUCAGUAGUGCUGUUUUUCGGGCUAAUGCUGCAAAAUUAGUUUCAAAGAUUACUGUUGCAGCAACAGCUUUGAAGAGCAUAGAUUUGCAGGAUAUGCUAAUGAAAUCGACCUUAGACUCAAUAUUUAAAGUGGGAUUUGGGUUUGAGCUGAAUGCUUUGUCUGGCUUGGAUGAAUUUGGAAGCAGGUUCACCAAAGCCUUUGAUGACUCUAAUAGUAUCGUAUUUUGGCGAUAUGUUGAUCUAAUAUGGGAGCUCAAAAGAUUCCUUAAUUUUGGUUCAGAAGCCUCUCUUAAGCAAAAUAUCAAAGUCAUCAAUGAUUUCAUUUUCGAAAUGAUUCGGUGCAUGAGAGAGCAGAUGAAAACUGGAAAGCUUGAAGCAAGGAAGGAAGAUAUUCUAUCAAGGUUUUUGUUGGAGAGUGAAAAGGAUCCAGAGAACAUGACUGAUCAGUAUUUAAGAGAUAUAACUCUCAAUUUCAUCAUAGCUGGAAAAGACACAUCUGCAAAUACACUUGCAUGGUUCUUUUACAUGCUCUGUAAACAUCCUCUAGUUCAAGAGAAGGUUGUACAAGAAGUCAGAGAAGCAGUUGGAAUUAAGGAAAGUAUGUCUGCUGAUGAAUUUUCGAAAUUGAUGACUGAAGAAGCCCUGGACAAGAUGCAAUACCUUCAUGCAUCUCUGACAGAAACUCUCAGACUCUAUCCAGCUGUUCCUCUGGAUGGAAAGAGUGCUGCAGAGGAUGAUAUUCUUCCUGAUGGCUUCAAGGUGAAGAAAGGAGACGGCAUAACCUACAUGGCUUAUGCGAUGGGAAGGAUGAAAAACAUUUGGGGAGACGAUGCUGAGGAAUUUCAUCCAGAACGAUGGCUUCAUGAUGGCAUCUUUCAACCAGAAAGUCCUUUCAAUUUUACGGCAUUUCAUGCUGGCCCUCGCAUUUGCCUAGGGAAGGAAUUUGCUUACAGGCAAAUGAAGAUCUUGGCUGCUGUUCUCCUCUACUUCUUUAGGUUCAAACUUGUGGAUGCGAGGAAGGCAGCUACUUAUCGAACAAUGUUUACCCUUCACUUAGAUAAAGGGCUACAUCUAUAUGCAUCUCCCAGGCUGUAAAACUCAGGUGUUAAGUGUGUGCUAAUGUAUUCUUCUUUGCCUUCCGUUUAUGUUUCU